AUGAGCAACAUCCCUUCAAGCCCAACCGCAACCUCGGACAACGUCCAGUUGCUGCAACCAACCGCCAGACAGGCACUCCUUAGCCACGCCCUCACAGGACACUCUAACAGCCCCGGACGCAGCUACCUCGCUUCAGAGUCCCCCGAGGGCAGGUCCAGCACACCCAUUGACUUUGACGGCCUUAGUUUCCCUAGUGUGGGCGCAAGGGAACGUCGCGAGGAUACUGAGGCUCAGCGCGCAGCACGCAUUCAAAAGAUCUCGGGAGCUGUUCGUACGAUUCUGGAGUGUAUUGGCGAGGAUCCCGACCGCGAGGGUCUCCUCAAGACCCCCGAGCGUUAUGCCAAGGCCCUCAUGUUCUUCUCCAAGGGUUACGAGGAGAGUGUCACCCACCUUAUGAACAAGGCGCUCUUCCAGGAGGAUCACGACGAGAUGGUUAUUGUCAAGAACAUUGACGUUUUCUCCCUGUGCGAGCACCACAUGGUCCCCUUCACCGGCAAGAUCCAUAUUGGUUAUAUCCCAAAGAACGGAAAGGUGGUUGGACUGAGCAAGAUUGCUCGUUUGGCGGAGAUGUUCAGUCGUCGUCUUCAGGUUCAGGAGCGUCUGACCAAGCAGGUUGCCUUGGCUAUGCAGGAGUUACUCGACCCCCUCGGUGUCGCCGUCGUCAUGGAGGCCAGCCACUUUUGCAUGGUGAUGCGUGGAGUGCAGAAGCCAGGAAGCCAGACAAUCACCUCGUCGAUGUUUGGAUGCUUCCGUGACCAAGGCAAGACCAGGGAGGAGUUCUUGUCCUUGAUCCGCAGGAACGGCGUUUAA